UCAGAAAAACCUGUUAAUAAAUUCUAAAAAGACAGUGGUAACAAACUUCAAGUGAUGUAGCUAGGACAUUACAGCUCUGCUUGAAGGAAUGUACUGUUAAUGGUUGAAGGGACUUUGCCAUUACUUGUUGACAGUGAAUGCUAUCUGAAAAUACAGAAUUAUUUUUGCAUUUACAGGCUCAGAAUAGGUCAGAGUCAAGAUAGAAUUCUGUCUGGUUUUAAACUGAUGUAGUAAUACAUCACAUGUUUCUUUAGCAAUUACCAUAGAACUUAAGCUGAAGAACAAUAAACUGGUUUAAUUAGGAGUAAAUUUCCCCAUGUAGUUAACACUUACAUUGGAUUGUUAUCAGUCCUUUAACUAGGGUAAAUAUUUUAGUUCUUCAGAAAAACAUGUGUUAAAACUGACAGCAGUAGAAAAACUGUGUCUGGACCAAGGCCUGUGUGUGGCUUACUUGCAACUUUUUGGAACUGUUGUGUUACAGAGGUUUAAGGCAGUACUCAAAAUAAUUCUGCUUUGGGGCUUACUGAAGCCUAAUGUUAACAGAAGUUGCAAUGCACAAAUAGCACAAAUUGCUUUUGAUUCUGGUCAGUUCAUAUGCCUUUGAAGUAUCUCCACAUCUAUCUCCAAAUUAUUUCAGGAGACCAUUAUUGCAGCCAAGAGCAACUGUAAUUAAAUGUGAUCUGUGUGGCCAGAAAGAUGUGUGAUCUAGCAGUUAAAUUCUGGUUGAUCUGUGGUUGUGGUGAAUCAUGAGUUUUUAUUUUUUUUACAACUUACUAUUUUAGGAGAUGGUAUUUUCAGGAUUUGGAUUGAAGGGUUCUAGAAUUUUAGACACUGCUUGAAGAUCAAGGAGGACAGAAAACUAUUCUGCUUCCUAAAAGCCUGCUUUGCAUAAAUGAAAAGAUAACUGCUUAGUCAAAGGGGAAGUGAUGGUUCUAGCUCAGGCAGGUAACUUGGGAGUAAGCAGAUUUUGCGUAAGCUCACUUUGUCACUUACUUAUUCUGUGCCCUUUUACUUUGGCUUCUUAGUUUACAUAGUAUAGAAUAUGUAUGCAGCAGUGGCUGACUUGAAGCGUCUUGUGAGAGAUUGACUUCUGAUUAUACUAAUAUUAUUCAAGCAGUUUCAAAGAUAAGCUUAUAGGUAUGUCAGAAGUGGCCUUCACAUCUUGAAAAUGAUUUUAUUUGAAUUAGUAGCUGGUUUUACAUAUACAGUGACAGGAUGUCCUGCUCAGAACCAUCUCCAAAAAGAGGUUGUUUUAGAAAUGAGAAAGCAGUGGUUCUGUUAGACCUGUGUCUAGCUAAUGUGGUUUCAGGUUUCACUCAGUGAUACAGGAUAACGUGCUCUCUGACCUACCUUUAUACAGCAUCUAAAAUCCUGCAAAGUACUCUCUACGUUUUCAACAUGAGGAAGUGUAUUUCAAGAAUCUUUCAAAACAGAAACAAAAGGAAGUCAUGGAGAAGAAUGGAAACAACCACAAACUUCGUGUUUGUGUUGCUACUUGCAACCGUGCUGAUUAUUCAAAAUUAGCUCCCAUUAUGUUUGGUAUUAAGGCAGAACCACAGUUCUUUGAGCUUGAUGUCGUAGUACUUGGUUCCCACCUGAUCGAUGAUUAUGGUAAUACCUAUCGUAUGAUUGAACAAGAUGAUUUCGAUAUUCAUACAAGAUUGCACACCAUUGUGAGAGGGGAGGAUGAGGCAGCUAUGGUGGAGUCAGUAGGCCUUGCAUUAGUCAAGUUACCAGAUGUCCUGAACCGCCUGAAACCUGACAUAAUGAUAGUUCAUGGGGACAGAUUUGAUGCUUUGGCCCUGGCCACAUCUGCAGCCCUGAUGAAUAUUCGUAUUCUUCACAUUGAAGGUGGAGAAGUCAGUGGGACCAUUGAUGACUCUAUCAGACAUGCUAUAACCAAACUGGCCCAUUACCAUGUGUGCUGCACGAGGAGUGCAGAGCAGCAUUUGAUAGCCAUGUGUGAAGACCAUGACCGCAUCCUUCUAGCAGGCUGUCCCUCAUAUGACAAGCUUCUCUCUGCCAAAAAUAAGGACUACAUGAGUAUUAUACGCAUGUGGCUAGGUGAAGAUGUCAAAACCAGGGAUUAUAUAGUUGCUCUUCAACAUCCUGUAACCACAGAUAUUAAACAUUCCAUAAAGAUGUUUGAGCUGACGCUAGAUGCACUCAUCUCCUUCAACAAGAGAACACUUGUUCUAUUCCCUAAUGUGGAUGCAGGAAGCAAAGAGAUGGUUCGGGUGAUGAGGAAGAAGGGCAUUGAACAUCAUCCCAAUUUUCGGGCAGUAAAGCAUGUCCCAUUUGACCAGUUCAUUCAGCUAGUUGCUCAUGCUGGCUGUAUGAUUGGUAACAGCAGUUGUGGUGUCAGAGAGGUGGGAGCAUUUGGUACCCCUGUCAUUAACCUGGGGACACGUCAGACAGGAAGAGAAACAGGUGAAAAUGUUCUUCAUGUUCGUGAUGCUGAUACACAGGACAAGAUUCUGCAUGCUCUACAGCUGCAGUUUGGUAAACAGUAUCCAUGCUCAAAAAUAUAUGGAGAUGGUAAUGCUGUUCCAAGGAUUUUGAAGUUCCUUAAAUCUAUUGACCUCAAAGAGCCAUUGCAAAAGAAAUUCUGUUUUCCUCCUGUCAAAGAUAAUAUUUCUCAAGAUAUUGACCAUAUUCUAGAGACACAGAGUGCUCUGGCUGUGGAUCUAGGUGGAACAAAUCUCCGAGUAGCAAUUGUCAGUAUGAAGGGUGAAAUAGUUAAGAAGUAUACCCAGCUCAACCCUAAAACUUACGAAGACAGACUAGAAUUAAUUCUAAAGAUGUGUGUAGAGGCUGCAUCAGAGGCAGUAAAUGUGAACUGCAGAAUUUUGGGAGUAGGUAUUUCCACAGGUGGACGGGUAAAUCCCCGAGAAGGAAUUGUGCUUCACUCUACAAAACUCAUUCAGGAGUGGAGCUCUGUGGAUCUCAGAACUCCAAUAUCUGAUGCUCUGCACCUGCCAGUCUGGGUGGACAAUGAUGGAAACUGUGCUGCACUAGCAGAGAGGAAAUUUGGUCAUGGAAAAGGAAUAGAAAAUUUUGUAACACUCAUUACUGGUACAGGAAUUGGAGGUGGAAUCAUUCAUCAACACGAAUUGAUCCAUGGCAGUUCUUUCUGUGCUGCUGAGCUUGGGCAUAUUGUUGUAUCUUUAGAUGGACCAGAAUGCCUGUGUGGUAGCCAAGGAUGUAUAGAAGCAUAUGCCUCUGGAAUAGCAUUACAGAGAGAAGCUAAGAAACUGCAUGAUGAGGAUCGGCUUUUAGUAGAAGGAAUGUCAAUGAAGAAGGAGGAGGUUGUUAGCGCUGCACAUCUCAUUCAAGCAGCUAAACUUGGGAACACAAAAGCAGACAGCAUUCUCAGAACAGCUGGGACAGCAUUAGGCCUUGGAGUUGUGAACAUUCUGCACACCAUGAACCCCUCUCUUGUUAUCCUUUCUGGAGUUCUAGCUAGCCACUAUGUUAAUGCUGUCAAAGAUGUCAUAAAUCGACAGGCUCUUUCCUCUGUUAAAACUGUGGAUGUGGUGGUCUCAAAUCUAGCAGAUCCUGCUCUUCUUGGAGCUGCUAGCCUGGUACUGGAUUAUACUACACGUAGAAUAUACUAGGUACCUGGAAGAAUUAUAGAAAAGGACUAUUCAAAUUCCUAAUGGGUGGAGGAAAUACUUUGCCUCAAAUUUUCCUUUUAUGAGAGCAGCUGUUUAAUCAGAAUAGUGUUCUGAAUAGUUAGUGACUACUUCAGCAUUUCCUAAUUGAGGUAUUAUCUUUUUGUACUUUCCCCUAAAUUUCAUCUGACUUCAUAGGAACUAAUGUGCAAUUCUGUUGUGUUUAAUCACCUCUGUUGGUAAGUCCAUAUGUUGUUUUAAGUGUGGCUGAAUUAUUUAUGAGCAUAUCUUGAUGUAUGGUAGGGAAUAUGUGUAUGGUGUGUCAAAUUAUAGCUAACACUUGGGGAUCUGUAUCUCAUUUUGCAUCUCUGUGAAAUGAGAAGUCUAUAAUGUGACCAGCUUUUCAGUUUCCAGGCUUCUACCCGCAAAGUAAAUAUGAUGUAAUCACCAGGUAGUAAUUUCAGUGGGUGGAAAUGAGGGAAGUUGCUUCUACAAUAAAAAGGCUGCAUCUAGAAAUUGUGGUUUGUGAAGGACUUGGUGGAGGCAGUUAUUUAUUACAUCACCUUUAGAGAGCAGAGUCCCAUGUUUUAGAAGCUUUGCAUAUGAAGGAGAAAGACUGUGGUCUAGUGAGCUUAGAGCCUGCAGAGGAGUCCAAACAAACUGACAAGUGUAGCAGUGAGCAUCUUUGUCUUCUGGCUAUGGCCAACAGUAAAUUACUUGAAUUUUAUUGUUUGGGGUUUUCUCAAGGGACUUCAUCUGCCAGAUUAGCAGAGGGGACUGUUUAUUCUUUGGUAGUCAGAUGUGGCACAUCUGAUCAUAAAGACUCUUACCUUUGAAGAAAACUUUUCCACUGCAGAGUGAGAUAAUGCAUCUCCUCAGCAGUUUUGGUAGCUGCAGGUACAUUGUUCUUGUCCUGCAUUCACCAUCAGCUCGCAGGAUGAAAAGUCAAAUCUGAGCCUCAUCCUCACCUUCAAGACAUUCAGAAGCCUGGGAGCAAAGUAUGUCACAUACCAAUGAAGUUUUGCCUAGGUAAACCAUGAUUUAUGUUUCUUUAACUAGUACUUCUUGAUAUAUAGCUCUGUCUUUUUAUCCAGCUGCUUUUUAGCAUACUUCCAAGAUACUGCAGUAAUAACUAUUUGACACAAGGAAAAAUGGGAAAAACAAACAGACCCACCUAACUGAUCAGCUAUCUCAGAAAGAAGAUACCUGUGGAAGAACAGUCACAAGACCAUCCUCUGUCCUGCUUUUAAUGGCCUAUUUUGACAUCUAACUAACUCGGCCAUUGAUAAUAUUUGCAGAAGCCCAGUAAAGUACUAGUACAGGGGAACAAAAGGGGCUAUUUCCACACUCAACCUUUUCCAACCAAAAUGAAAUGGCCUUCUGCAAUCACUGCCCUCUGCUGUACAAUAAUCUUGGACUGAAUAGCUGUUAGUAUAGUGAACCACACUACUGGCUAAUUCUGGGCUAUAAUCUACACAAGUUGCCUUCACGUCAUCCUCUCUUCUGCAUGGAAUGCUUACUGAGAACUCGCAUCUUCAUAGCAAAUUUUACAAACACCACCAGAUCUCCUUCUUGAUGUCUCCAGCCUCUAUACCAUAGUUUUUCUCAGAAUCAGCAAAUACUAAAUCUUAACCAUUUGCAAAGUUGUAGUGGGCUUUAUGUCACCAGGGGUUCUUAGUUCCUUUUCCCAUGUGUCUGCUUCCUUGGUGAUUCCCACUAACUUUAGCAGUAGCUUCAUGAGCAGGUCAAGGAGAAAUGGACUUUGUUUUAUGGUGAUAGUAGCUCAGGUCAGGAGCAACAGUAUUGAGGUUCUAACAGAGAGCAGCCCUGUCAUUUGAUCUUUCCAUCCCAUAGCAUCACAGGGAAUGCCUGACUAAAAGUGAGACCAGGCUUUUGCUUUCCAGACCUCCUGAAGCUCUAUAUUUUUGAUAUCAUCUCAGACGCCAGAUACAUUUUUCCCUAGCAGCUGAAAGGAGGGUACAGACAUAGAAAAAACAUGAAGACUAAAACAAAUUUGAAAAGUUUUACUCUAAUGCUUAACAUCUAGUCUUGUUAAGAAAAUGGUUCUUCAGAUGCUUUUGAAAAUGUUUUUUUUCUGUCAACCAGACAAGAACCUGCUGCAUAUGUGCAAAUGGUGCCGAAGUCCUUGCAGUUUUCCGAGAAGUUUGUGGGCUUAUAAAAUCAGAAAGAAUAAAAAGCAUAUUUAAUAGCAUAAUAGUGAUUUUGUUUGUUUUUCCUUCCUCCCCUGUUCAGAAACCUCCCUUGCAGUUCAGGCAUUUCAUUGCAGACCAGAGGUUUUAUAGAUACUAGCUCCCAAUUGUAUCCAGUCCGAGGGGAGCAAACAUCAGAUAUUCACAGAAUAUCUGCAGUACUGUGCUAUCUCGUUACUUGAU